UAUACGUACCCUGUUUCAGCACGCGAUUUGCCAUGAUAACAACUGGACAAAGUGACCAUAUGGAACCGGCCAUCGACAACGUUCCUCUUAGUUAGUUUAUCUUUAAGAGUCUGCAAGUUAGGGGGUGGACAUUACCACAGUUUUGCGUUUCCAUUUGGAUGAACUAUGUUUUCUUUGACAGAGAAUGAGAAUGUACUUUGACUUAACGGUUAGGUUGUUGGCCACACAUUCGGCUUCUUAGUAGCCUGUCUGUUUUACAUAUACACAAUGGAGUUCAUCGAAGAAAGCAUAAGUUUAUACAACGAAUCAUUCGAUCAAACCAACUCAACUGACCUCGACGAUGGGGAUGAAGUUCUUCCUACCGGCGUGAAGAUCACCAUAGCAGUGGUGUACAUGAUAGUAUGUGUAGUUGGUCUCAUCGGCAAUAGUUUGGUGAUGUACGUGAUAAUCAGGUACACCAAAAUGAACAGCGCCACAUACAUCUACAUCUUCAACCUGGCCUUGGCAGACUUCCUGGUGCUGGCAACUCUUCCAUUCCAGGGCACCGAUGUCCUACUGGACUUUUGGCCCUUCGGCCUGAGUCUCUGUAAGAUAGUGGUCAGCAUUGACUAUUACAACAUGUUCACCAGCGUCUUCACACUGACUGUGAUGAGCAUGGACCGAUACAUCGCCGUGUGCCACCCUGUACGUUCACUCGCGGUGCGCACCACCUCAAAGGCCAAAGUGGUCAACGUAGGGGUGUGGGCACUCGCCUCUGCCAUAGGAGUGCCAGUUAUGGUGAUGGGGCAGCUGGAAGUGGAACCCAAUGGUAGUAUUGAGUGCAUGGUGGUUCUGCCCAGACCUCACCGGUACUGGGAGCCUGUCUUCGGCAUGUGUGUGUUCCUCUUCUCGUUCAUCGUGCCCGUGGCCAUCAUUAGCGUGUGCUACGGGCUGAUGGUGCGGCGUCUGCACAGCGUGCGCCUUCUCUCUGGCUCCCGGGAGAAGGACCGCUACCUGCGCCGGAUCACGCGCAUGGUCCUGGCCGUGGUGCUGGCCUUCGUGGUGUGCUGGGCGCCGGUGCAAGUGCUGGCCCUGGUCCAGGCGCUGGGCAGCGUGGACCUGGGCGGCAGCGAGGCCCGCAUGGUGGCCAUGCACUUCUGCAUCGCGCUAGGCUACGCUAACAGCAGCCUCAAUCCCCUCCUCUACGCCUUCCUGGACGAAAACUUCAAGCGGUGCUUCCGCGCCUCCUGCCCGCACCGCGGCCUGGGGGGCGGCACGGACGCGUCAGGGAGGAAGUCGUCGAGGAGGAGCAAGUGGUUCGGUGGGGAGGAACACGAAAACGGCAUCGCGCAUGGAGAGAUGGAAAUGGCUGAGGGAAAUCAUAGGCAGUAGUGAGAAUAGGCCUUGAAGAGCAGCACUUCACAGUCAUCAGGGCAGUGGUAGACUAGCGGUGUGGCUAAGGAGCUGAGCUAGAAAAGUUGUGCUCCAUUACCGACUGCCACCGAUGUGCCCUUGAGCAAGGCACUUAACCCUGAGCUGCUCUGCUCUGGGGAAAAUGACGUGUAGAAUUGUGAGUUGCUUCCCCAGCUGUGGCGCACCUGGCUGGGGCACCUGCACUGUACGCCGGCGGCGACCCGGGUUUGAUUCCCGCCCUGUGGUCCUUUCCGGAUCC